GAAGCAAAUUAAUUGCUACAUUAUCUUUAUUCUCUCUUACGUUUUUAUAAAAUACUGUAAUUCCCAUAACUCGAAUUUCUUCAUCUGUCGAUUGAGAUACAAUGGGUUUAGGAAUUCCUUUUAGUGACUAUACAAAAUAAAAAUACACUGAGUAUGCCACGCGUGGCAUUCCGAAUGUCAUAAAGGCGUUGUGUGUUGCCGUGUUGCUCUUAGUUACAGAGCAUGGUAGAACCAAUCAGAGCUGAAAUGCGCAGAACUGACAAGAACUGAUAGUUCAAGAGCCCGGUUCUUUAAAAAAAUUUGUACAUAAAUGAGAAAUAUAAAGAAUUUAUUGUGUUAUAAUUGCAUUGAUGUGUUAUUGUAUAAUUAAAUAUGGUGUCGUAUCCAUCAAUUAAUUUAGUAGAUAUAAUAAUUGACGAAGUUUCAUUAGAAGGUUUGGAUGGUAUUACCAUAGAAGCAUUAUGGUUACGUUUGUCACAUCGACUUCAUAAUUCUUUGCCAUUUCCAAAACCAUUUAUGAUUCAAAUAUGGUCAUUAUGUGUACAGAUAAGAGAAUUUACAUUUUAUGAAUUAGAAACUGCAAGAGAACCACUUGUAAUUUUUGAUCGUUAUCAAUUUGUAGAUCCUGAUUUAGGUGUUAUAUUAGAGCCAGAUGAUGUGCCACCAGAUAUUUACCCACAUUGUCCUAUAUAUGAUAUUGCUAAUGGUAUUAAAGGAUCUUGCUCAACUUAUUAUGCUCGCAGACAGAUCUCAGAAUUUGUAAGAAAUCUGAGCUUGGAUGAAGUUAUAAACAAAUAUGGUCAAAAAUUGGUUAUCGUUGCAUCGCAAUCUGCUAGGAACCGUGCGUUAAUGGGAGAUGAAGUAUCUCCAAUAUUAGAGCUAAAUGCAAUACAAUAUUGUUUUUUGGAAAGAAUAGGAAGGUCACGAUAUCAUGGAGAAGUUACUCAGGGAAAACUUAGUCUUAAUGCACUAAAAGAAGAUCCAAAGAGCUUAUUUUAUCACAGAAAGUUUUUAUUACGUCAUAAAUUGAUAACAAAGCAAAUACAUCAUCAAAAAAGUGGUGGUCAUUGUUUCAAUGGAAGUCUUUUACAUCUUCCAAGGUUUUUUGUUGAAAGAAAACCAAAAAUAAUAUUUUUGGCUGAGGAAGUUAUAAAAAUUCUCAAAUCAAAACCUAAUUGUGUUGCAGAAUACGAUGAAAUAAAACGUAAGCUACAAAUUGAAAAUGCAAUAAAGAAAUUGUUUAAAACUUCGUUCUUUCAGAAAGUUGUAAAGACAGAUAUAAGGGUGCCAUACAGAACUUUAUAUCCUAAUGCAAAACCUGAGGAAUGGCGGUUGAAAAAUACUCCAUUAAGAGAAAAGAAAAUUAAAGUAGUGCAGCUGCUCUUCCCAGAUAUUGAUAUUCUUGAAGCAUGGAAUAAAGAUGAAAUACAAGAAGACGAUGAACCACAAGAGUUAGAUAUCUCAAGCCACAAAUAUGGUUUACCUUAUUUAAAACAAGCAAAUAAAAUAAUUGAGGCUGGUGGAAACGAUGGUGUAUGUCAAGGUGGUUUAUCUAAAAUAAUGGGGUUGACUAAAUUACAAUCACGGACGAUUUUGCGAAGUUUAGUUAAAACAAACAUUGUUGCUACUUAUAUGAACGAUUUUGGAAGACAGAGGGUUACAAAAUAUGUAUCAAAAAAAUAUGAGAAAGGUAGUAAGUUAAGCAAACAGUUUAAAAAGGAAAUGCAUAAAAUUAAAGAAUUUAAAAAACAAAUUCCAACUGAAACUGAUGAUGUGGAAGAAAGUAAAAUAAUUAAAAAUAUAAACCCAGAACAAGAAGAAAAAAUUAAUACCAAUGAUCAAAAGGAAAAUAUACAACAAACUAAAAGCAAUGCAGUAUGUGAAGUUAUUGACAUUAAUUGUAAUGCCCAAGCAGAAGAAAGGUCAAAUGUAACUGCAGUAGAAUUACAAAAAGUAUUUUAUGUAGUAAAUCGAAUAUUAUACAAAUAUCGUAUAAUAAAACGUCCAAAUAGAUAUAAACAAACAUGCUCUAAGCAUGUAUCAAGUACAGUUAGUAGAGUUGAAGUAAAAGAAAAAGAUAUUAAUUCGGAUAAUUUGACAUUGGGGAUGUCUGAAUUAUCAAAGAAACAGAAAUCAGCAACAGCUUAUAAAAACAUAAAAGUCGAUUUGACAGUUUUAACAACUGCAAGUACUGCUAAAUCAGAGAAUGAAAUAUUUGGGUUUAUCGAAGAUGUGCAAAAUUGUGAAAAGAAGAACUUCACAAAUAUAACAUACAGACUAUUAAAAAGAGCUAAUAUGAUCAUAGAAUCAGUUAAACAACAUCAAGUCAUUGAUGAUAUGACAAAAUUAAUAAAGAUGAUACACGAAGAAGAAGAUAAAGAAGGAUAUGAUGUAAAAAUUGAUAAAAAAUCUUUAAUAAGAUUGUUACAAAAACUUGCAAAAGACAAUUUGAUAAAAAAUAUAAAAGUAGUUCUAAGCGCAAAUGGGAAAGAGAAAAGUUUAACAUUUAUAUGUGAUCCAAAUAUUGAUGUUAAUAGUGCUGUUAUUCAAUCAGCUAUAGAACAAGCAAAGCUAAAAUUUUAUUUAUUGGGUAGUCAUAGACAUAAGACAUGGAUAAAGAAAAUGGCGGAAAACACAGAUGUAAAAAAUACUAAUGCUGAUGAUGUAACAGAUAAUUUUGAAAGUAAUAAAUCUCCAUUUAAAUUACCUACAACAUUACCACCAUCAUGUAAAAUUGCGGCUAGAGUAUCAAGAAAAUAUGGAUAUAGUCCAAAAUUUCUUCGUAUGCAAGCAUUGCAUAUUUUUUUAUUUUAUUUAGUUUAUGAACAUCCGGGCGAACCAUUACUUUCACAAACUGAGUAUAUAAAAGCUUUAAAAAAUAACGAUUUUAAUAUUUCGGAAGAACUGAUAGAAGAAUUUAGUAAAAUUUAUACUAACGAUGUUAGUUGGAAAAUGUUUGUACCACCUUUACCAAAAUAUACUGGUUGGCCUGCAGGGUGGACAUUAAUGUGUGAUAUCCUUUUACGUCUACCAUUGUCAGUAUUUUUCAAGGUCCAUUAUAUUUCUUAUACAGUACCAGAAAUAGAGAAAUAUAUUAAUCAUCCUAUUCGAAAACAUUAUUUAGUUAGAGAUUUACCAAUUGAUAUUCGCAAUUCUUUGUUAUAUGCACGGAAGUACAUAUUUAACAUUCAUGAAACGGUGACAAGAUUGUGUUAUAUUGGAUUAGUACAAUUUGGACCGCAAAAGUUGAAAGAAAAAGACCAAGUGUUUAUUUAUAUAAAUCGUCACGCAGAAUUAAUGGAUACGACAUCAUCUGCGCCUAGUUACCACAUGGUUCAGGAUAAAUCUUAUCCCGUGACCAAAUAUAAUUUUACUGAAAUUCAGGUAGUGGAGAAGUAUUGGUAUGAUAUGUGGAAUAUAUGUAUCAACACACCAUUAGGUGGUCGACUUGCCGUUGAAGGGAAAGACAUAGUACUGGAAGACUUAAGUAAAAAAAGUGACAUGAUACAAGCAGUCGUAGCUCGUUCUCCCGAAGAAGCUGUAAAAUUGGAUAUCGGCAAAAUGCCUGGUGAUCGUAAAGGUGCUGCAGGAAUAGAUUCAGCGUGUUUCGCGCAUCUCAAACGGAACUGGAAUUGGAGUAUCACUAGUGCUACUCCACAAACGAAGAAGAAGCAAAGUGAAGUUUACGAAAGAGACAAAUAUCUUUCUAAAAUAAAAGUUAAACCUCUGAAGUUCACUGAGUUUGCUGGUUUGAAAACAGUAUGCGGCCCACCUUCUGUAAAUGUAACAGAACUUCGAAAGAAAAUACAACCUAAAACUGAGGAGAGCUCAAAUCAACAUAAAAAAUACGAAGUAUUGGCAUGUCAGCGAAGUGCUAAGCAAAAAUCCUACGUGAGGAGAGUAUUACCGCGAAAAUGUAACAGUAAAAGGCGAACGAAGUAUGAUGAAAUUGAUUAUCGGGCAUUACAACGAAUGCAUAAACUACGAGUGGAUUGGGAACCGCACGAAGAUAAAAUUUUGCUUGUCUGUAAGAUUGUUAUGAUGUAUCUUUGCUCAAAUCCACGUAGGCAAGUGAUAACAUUUUCUACGGUUAGAGAUAUACUUCGAAUAUAUUCGUACACAUCUUAUAAUAAAACGUCGAGAGCAUGUCAACGACGGCUUUUAUAUAUGCUCAGACAGCAACGAAACGUCGAUGCAGUUGCUUUAGGAGUUGAAGAACUUAAACAAAAUUUCUUUAUCAAGAAACGUUUUGAUGGUAUCAUAGAUAAACUCAAAGAGGAAUACAAAAACUCUCUGGAGUACGAAAGACAAGUUACUGAAACAUUUAAAUAUCUUGUUGCUUAUACUGCAAAGAAAUAUUACGGUAUCUCAGAUGUUGAGUCUAAAGAACCUAUUCCUGUGCCUAAUACAGUGCAGGAAUUUAAUUUACUUUACAAAGUCGUGCAUCCGAUGAGACAGUUCAGUAAUAGAGGAUUCACGAAAGACGUUCGAAACAUCAAUGAUAUACAUUUCGUAGUAAUCAAUUCUGUUAUCCACAGUUCCAUGUGUUGUGGGAAAGACAGAAGGUCCUGGGCGUAUCAGUUAUUUAAAGUAUAUCAGCAAUAUCCUGAGAUGCUUCUACGAAAUGCUAUGGCAAAAAUUCGAAGUGACCAAAUGGUGUCAAUUAGAAAACAUCAUUUAGCUGCUUUGAGGAAAUAUGGUAAUUACAUGCCAAUGAGCAGUUCUCAGUAUCAGUUAAGUAGUAAUUACAUGUAUAAGUUCCAAAGUAAGUGGCCGUAUAGCCUUUUCAAUGAAUCAUACGACGUUUUUCUUAAGCUUAGUAAUCGGUAUUGUGAAAAUCAAUUAGAUAAUCAGAUGAAAGAAUCGAAUAAUUUCAACGGCAUUGAAGUAUUGCCAGUUACUGGUGGUAUAGUAGGAGCAAUACAUGAUUAUGUUGUGAGGGAUCAACUGGAUUUUGAUAUUGAAAUACCUGAUCAAGUUAUAAUGCUUGAUCCAAGAUUGAAAGAGAAAGAUGAGACUUAUUUUAGGAUAGCUCAAAGAUAUCAAGACGUAUUAGCAAGUUUAGAUAAUUUGAAAUUUGUGAAAGAACCUUCUUUACAAAAUAGUAGCAUUGAUAAAUGCUUUAAUUCUACAGCUGAUAUAUUGGAUGAUACUGACACACAUAAUGUUGAUGUGAAAUCAGAUAAAAAUGGCUUUUUAGAUUUGGGUCGAGAGACUAAUAUACUUUCAGAAGAAUGUGCUGGCAAGAAAAGAAAUUUUGAAGAUGCAAAACAUUUGAUGAAUUAUGAUGAUUUAAAUUUUGAUAGCGAAGAAGAAAAUGGUCGUAAUAUUGAUGAUGAACACAAUAUAAUUAAGCUUCAAGACGGAACAAAAAUUGUAUUAAACAAAGAUGAUUUAGAGGGUUCUACAUUUUGUGAUGAAAAUUCAGCGAUAGAAGUAGCAGUUGAUCUUUCUAACAAUUCUAAGACACAUGAUGAAACAAAAAGUACUGAUCAAAUCUCAAAAUCUAAAAAUGGUAGUCAAAUGGAGGAUAAUUGUAAACCAUUGUCAAAGAACAUAAAUACAGAUGAAGCAGAAAUCAUAGCAAAUACAGAAUCAAUACAAGAAAAGUUCAUUACACCUGAAAAAAAGAGACCAAGAGAUGAUAAACAAUUGCUUGAUCCGUGUGAACCUGCUCACAAACGAACAAAAUUAGACAGUGAAACUGUAGAUAUUAAACAAGAAAAAAGUACUGAAGAAUUACAAAGCAAUAAUGUUUCGAUUGAAGUAUCCGAUGAAGUACAAAAUGAAGAUUUAGGAAAACAUUCUAACAAUGAAGUUGUUGAAAUGACUGAUGCAAAAUUAAAUACUAAUGAUUUAGAACCUAAUUGUAAAGAAACCACAUUAAGUAAGGAACCUAAAACUCCGCAAUUGAAGAAAAGCAGUGAACAUACUUACACUCGUGUUAGUGAUAUUUUAAAAAAUAUUCCGCUUGAACAAAGUUAUUUAAAUUCUUCUUGUAAGAUCGACGAUUCAACUGAUAUAGAUAAACGUUAUACUCGGAUAGCUUUAUUAAGAAUGAGAGUCGAAUUAAGCGAACUCACAGCGGCUGAUAGUCAUCAUGCACACGAAUAUUUUGUUGUAAAUAUGUUUAAAGUUUUAUAUUCUUUGUAUACGAAAUCGCAAGAUUCGAAAGAAAAUGAAAUAUUUAGAGGUCUUUCAUUACCUCGGGAUUUGUUGCCAUUAAACUUAAAUGCUGCAAACGAUUUCGUACAAGAAAUAAAUAAGUAUGCCGUUUUUCCUAAAGACGGUAUUUCAUAUUCCGAUUUCAAAAAAAAGUUGCCCAAAGAUUUAUCACUAAGUUUAAAUAAUAUUGAAAUGGUUUACAAGUUUGUACGCGAUAAGCAAGAAAUUGGAGCUAGUAUCCAAGAACUGAUAAAUGAAUUUGAAAGUUCUUUGGGAGAGGAUUUACGUCGCAUCACUACACUUCUUACGGAACAUCGUUUAUUCUUACGAUCUGGUGUAACAACUGUUCGAUACAUUCAUUACGGCCAUGCUGAUCCUUGGCUGAUACAUUCAUACAAAAUAUUUCGUCUUGAAAAAGAAUCACUUGUACCUGUACCCAAGGGAACAGUAUAUUUGACGGAUACAAAAGAAAUGGUUAAUGAAAGUAGUGAUGUAAGUCUAACAGAAGAAUGCAAUAAAAAUCCAAGUUCAUCUGAAAGCGGGUUAUCAAAAAUUGAUGUCAAAGAUGAGACUGAAAUGGAUAUUAAGUCAGAAGCAAAAUGUCAAAGGGAUGAAGAGUUCGAUAAAGAUAUGUUUAGCCAUAGCGAUGACGAUAGCACUGUACAAGUGAAGAAACGAAUGCAGAGAAAAAGGACUCGAUUACUACCUCAGAAAGAUAUAUCUCGAGCUGUCAAACAAUUAGAUUUAAAUACAAAACAAGAAGUGAAGGUGGUAAUGAAACCAUGGAUUCGAAUAGAUGGAGUUUUAAAUCGUAGAGUGCUUGACCGUAUGUUAGGAUCAGUUUUGUCGUAUUGCUUGACGCACCCGGGUAUUGCAUUAUCUAAAUUACAAAAUAGAUUUAUUCCUGUUCUACAACCAUUUCAUACACGGGAACUAGCAGAGAUGUUAGUAAAGUUGGGAUGUAUGGAAAAGAUAAUUCUGAAGAAAUCACGUGUAACUUUAUUUUCAAAACCAUCGCCAGUUAAGCCAAAAAUUACGAAUGAUGAUUGGGCUAUUGAAGAAGAUAUCUUUUUUGAACCUACAAAUGGGGCUAUAUUAAAAUUUGGUAUAUUUUUAAGUACUAAAAUGUACACUACAGAUUUUAUUACGUAAUUAUCACAAAUAAACAAAAAGAAAAUUCAAGGCCUAAAUAAAAAGCAUUAGUACUCAGAAUUACUUAAAACAAAUAUAGCAAAAUAAUUCAAAUUUUUAAUGGAGUAUAUAACUAUUAUUAUAUAUUAUUGUUCUGUAUGCAUUCUA